AUGGGUCGCUUGAGAGUUCUUUCCUUCAUAUCCAACCGCCGAGGCCCUAAGAACAUUUCCUCUCCUCCUACCCCUCCAUCAGACUCCGACUAUCCCGUAACAGCUCCUAAUGGAUUUCACGCGUCUCCUCCUGAAGAGGUGCCCGCUCCUCUUUCACAAGAUGCCCCGUCAACACUGAAGAAGCCAGAUAGAGCAAGUUCACGACCGGUGUCCACCUUGCUCUACCAACAGCAGUUACUGCCCACAGACGUAGUGGAGAACCCUUUACCGGAGUUGGAGCCUAUCUUUUCAUAUCUAAACAGCCAAUCGGGCAAACUGUACUAUGAAGGCUACUUCUUCAAACUGAACGACUUGGAUAAUUAUGGCCGGCCGUGUCAGGAUAGGAAGUGGACCGAGCAUUUUGCUCAACUCGUUGGGACUGUUAUUUCGCUGUGGGACCCGGCCGCUUUGGAUGCCGCCGACCCUGACGUAGAUGUCAUUCCCACAUUUAUUAAUCUUGCAGACGCCUCAAUAAAAAUGAUUGAGAGCUUGCCUACCCGCAACCAAGAUAGUACGCCUUUACAAAAUGUUUUAAGUAUUUCAACCGCUGGAAAGAACAGAUAUCUGCUGCACUUCAACUCCCUAAAUGCCCUUACUCAAUGGACUGCCGCUAUUCGACUGACCAUGUUUGAAAAUACUCUUCUUCAGGAAUCAUACACUGGAGCUCUAAUUGCUGGGAAGGGCAAGACGUUAAAUGGCAUUAAAACUAUUUUAGAAAAGACAACAUUUAAGUAUGAAGACUGGGUUCGUGUGAGAUUUGGCCCGGGCACCCCGUGGAGACGAUGCUGGUGUGUCGUAUCACAAGCCGACGAGAAAGAUGUGCAGAAGCAUAAAAAGAUGCAGAAAAAGAAGUCUACCUACGAACGGCCAUUCACUCCUCCAAAGGGCAAUAUUAAGUUUUACACGUCGAAAAAGACGAAAAAAAUCAAGCCUGUAGCUACCAUAACCGAUGCAUUCUCCGCGUUCGCUAUAUACCCGCAAUCCCGCUCUCUCGUGGAUCAGUCGACUCUAGUGAAAGUGGAAGGCCAUAUUAUAAUUCAUUCAGAACCAGAAACCGUUGCUGAAGGUUUCGUGUUUGUCUUGCCAGAACUUCAUGCCGCCGUAUCUGGAUUUGAAACCAUGCUUCGAUGGUUGUUCCCUGUUUUUGACGCUUUCCAGCUCUAUGGCAGGCCCGCUCGCUUAUUAGCUGAUACUGUUAGUACUCAGAGUUUAAUGUUCGCAAUGCCUGCUAGCAGACGGAACAGCUACUUAGACACGCUAGACGUGGCGGCCCUCAUUCAUACAGACGGCAGCCGUGCAUGGAACGAGCGCGAUUGGAGAAAACAGAUGAAAGACGCUACAUCACGACGUAUGACAUCUACUACUGCGAGUCGUGUCAGCAGCAUUUCUCGGAAGCGUGGGCUUACUCGCGGGAGCCUUUCAUCCCAGAAUGGAAUACCUGUACGCUUUGACGGUGUCAAUGGACAGUCCAUUGGCCGACGCUUGCUGAACAACCACUCGUCUGACGCAUUGUCAAUGUCACCUCAGAGAAAUAGUCAACAGAACCAUCUCUCCAAAUCCCACAACCGUACAACAUCGGAGAUCAGUAGCGCUACCGCCUAUCGUAACGGAUACAAUCCUGACGCUCAACCGCCUUUCGAUACAAGACUGUUGGAAGAAGCGGACGAAGCAGCGCCUCCGCCUCCGCCUCAUGGAGAUUCCCAACGUGCUGAUACGCCUGGAGACAGAAGCAGCUCUGACGGCGAAACAAAAGCGGACCAUCCAGCGGAGCGUCAAGAAAUUCGUGAUGCUCUCAAGCCAAGCCCUCUUCCACUUGAAGUCACUGUCCCGCCUGCGUUCUCUCACGACCCCAAAGACAUGCCACAUAUUCAGCCCCAGAUGUCUCCAGAGUUGAGGCGAGCUGGAAGUCGGAUAUCAAGCGGCACUCUUUCUCAAAUGGCAGAAGCACAAAAGCUUCACGAACUGGAGAAUGACGAAGAUACAAAGAGACAAAAUCGCCCCUUUGACCUUCAAGGAGGAAGCAAUAUCCACAGCGAUACCAAUGCUGAGAAGGCAGCAUUUGACGGUAAUACCCAGUUCCCAAGGCCCGUCCCAGCUGAUGCCUCAAGCUCGCUUUACUCAUCACCAGUCAGCCCUGUUAACCCGGCUCUGGAUGGAAUUCCAUUUAACUCUGCUCCUGAUGGAUCUAUUAAUGCUAAUUUCUCGCCUCUAACCCCGCAACAGUCCCCCAAGAAGCCACCUUAUCUGGAAAUGAGCCCUCAAAUCCACCGCAAACCGGCUCCCCAGCUGCAGAACGGUUCGGAGAGCCACAGUUUGAAAACAGCUUCAAGCCUGGGGAGUCUUCGUCGAACCAUAGAUAUGGAUGCUCUGAAUCUGGCACUGAGACAAAGGACACCAUCGCCCCCACUUCCAGCUCCCAUGAGGUAUCUACGAAAUGUUGAGCCCAAGGUUGAACAGCCGUACGAUCAACAUUCAAUAACAACUCUUGAUUACGCUAGCUCUCAUAAAUCAACUGCGUCCACCAAAUCCGCAAAAUCAGUAGCAAAACCAAGGAUGGGCAAAAUGAAGCUCGUUGGGACUCCAGACCCUUCCCUGGAUGAUGUUAUCAUUGGUGACGCUCGUUAUGUUGCCGGAACGGCCCCAGAGCCGAAUCCAGAUAUCCCCCUAGUCGAUUUUGGUCCAACCCAUGCUUAUAGCCCGGGAACCCGCAGGCCUAGUACGGGAGAUACGUUAACUUUGCUGACCCAAAAUAAGAAUUCUUCUGAGACUGCCUUGAAUAAUAGAAACGAUAAACGUGCCAGUUGGUUUGGUAUGGAAAACAAACCUGCUAAAUCUCCAGGCCUUGACGAGAAAAGGCGCAGCUUCCUCUGGCAACCGGGCAUGGUAGAUAAUGGCCGCCAAAGCCCUGGACCUGGAUUGACACCUGAACAGUUCGUCGAGCAGCGUGCUACUUCAGGGAGCAGAGGCGCCUCACCUGUCUAUAAUCAUCAACGCAGCGGUUCGCGCCCAUCAAUACCGUCACGUCCCGCCUCUGGAGACUGGGCCAAUCAGUUAAAAAUGCAGCAAAUGCCUCCGAGGCCUAAUUCUCGCGGCUCAACCGUCAUGUUAAAUCAGCCUGAUAUGACCACUUAUCUCUCUGCCCGAGAACAAGAGCAUGUUGCCCGUGUUACUGGAUCGCCAUUUUUCAACAUGGACAGGGACACUAGUAAGAGAUCGUCUGUAGCACUUGGGACAGGACUUGUGAGCGCCAUCGAUGCCCGUGAGCGAGAAAGGCAAGCAAUGAGAGACGGCGUUAGUGGGCAAAUGGUGCAGCAGGCUAUCAUGCAACGGCAAUUCCAAGGACAGUUUCCAUCACAAUCCCAGCAGCAAAUGCUGCCUUCGUCAGCAUCGCAAUACCAGAUGGCAAUGAACCAAUACCCUAUUGGAACUACAGCUGCAAGCGUCUACAACUUUCCAGCUCGUGCAAAUGCACCCUCACGUUAUCAUCGAUUUUCCAAGUCCCAAGACCGUCUACAGUUUAUGAAAUGA